CGCUCGCUUCCUUGUCAGAAACACACAACGUACUUGAAGCGUGCAGUUCGCAGGAGCUCCGGACCGGACAGAAAAUCAGCGGCACCUUCGGCACUUCGCAACCCGUCCAAGGCACGCUCCUGUCGGUGUGAGGAACUUACGGCGAUGCAGACUCCUACGCUUUCCACCACUAUGGACUCCGCGUAUUCCCUUCAUAACCGAGCGCCGAGGCAGUAGAACGGUGGAAAUACUAUAACUGAAAAACUCACUUUCCCCCCAGAUUUUUUGAUAAAUUGACGAGCAUUUUUUUUAGGGGGUGGGGAAGUUCCUCCUGCUCGUUCACUCUACAACACUUUAAAGUAGGCGACGAUGCUGAACCCCGGAGGAAACGGCCCGCAGCAGCAGCAACCGCCGUCGACCGGCUCGCUGCCGUGGAAGCGUUGCGCCGGCUGCGGUGGCAAGAUCGCCGACCGCUUCCUCUUGUACGCCAUGGACGGUUACUGGCACAGCCGCUGCCUCAAGUGCUCGUGCUGCCAGGCGCAGCUGGGCGAAAUCGGGACGUCGUGCUACACCAAGAGCGGCAUGAUCCUCUGCCGGAACGACUACAUCAGAUUAUUCGGCAACAGCGGCGCUUGCAGCGCGUGCGGUCAGUCCAUCCCCGCCAGCGAGUUGGUGAUGAGGGCGCAGGGUAACGUCUACCACCUCAAGUGUUUCACAUGUUCCACCUGCCGAAAUCGCUUGGUCCCGGGCGACCGAUUCCACUACGUCAACGGCAGCCUGUUCUGCGAGCACGACCGACCCACGGCGCUCAUCAACGGCCACUUGAGCUCGCUGCAGACCAACCCGCUACUGCCGGACCAGAAGGUGUGUUAAACGGUCGCCAUGCAGGAAAGCAGGGACGUGUGCCUUCAUUUUAGCCCGUUGCUCAUCAUCAACACAGACAUUUUGUGGAGCCCUUUUCCCAACUUUCCCCAAACCUGGACGGGAUAAUUGCACUUAAAGAGGUGGGACCGCUAAACAAAGAGACUCUCCAGGAAGAGAUAUGACUUUUUUUUCCCCCCCACAUGAAAUUCCGAUGGAGUCCAUGUUUUCUAUUCGAGAAACAUGAUUUCAUUUUUGAUGUUGUGGCGGGAUUGUGAUUUUUUUUUUUUUUGUUUGUUUUGUUUUCUUAGCUGUUGUGUCAAAAUUAUGUACAGUAUGCAUGUUAAUGUCGUCGUCCCACCACUCUUUUCCCUUUCACACCCGAAAAAAAAAAGGAACAAAUGCUCCCUGUCAGUCAUUCAGUGGUGUAGAGUCCCCUCUUGACAUUUAACAAAAGAGAUGAAUUUAUAUGUGAUAUUUUCCGAGACGUUUGCUCCACUAUGGUGUAUUUAAUUAAUAAAAAAAAUAUGGACGGUUUAA